GAUGGCGGCAAACAUACACCAGCAGCAGCGCAGAAUGGGGGAUCAGAUGGCCUUGCAAACCCUCAGCACUUAGAACCACCGGCGCCCACAGCCCAAGCAGAGGCAGAGCAGCGUGAUGCAGCAGAGGCGCCUGCCCAACAAGCACAGCCAACAAGCGUUCAAGAUGACAGCCUUCCCAAACAGCCUGUGCUAGCACCACAUGCCGAGGAGCACGAAGACAUAUUAGCAGCACAGAAUGGGGGAUCAGAUGGCCUUGCAGGUCCUGAGCACUUAGAACCACCAGCACCCACAGCCCCAGCAGAAGCAGAGCAGCGUGAUGCAGCAGAGGCACCUGCCCAACAAGCACAGCCAACAAGUGAGCCCGUUCAAGAUGCCGGCCUUCCCAAACAGCCU